AUGACUCCUUGGCUCCAGGCCGCCGGGUGGUCUGCGGCGCUGCUUCCCCUCAGCUAUGCCGCUGCCAACCCUCUUGCCCGUCGGCAGACAUCCUCGACCACCGCCACGGUGAACCUGGCCGACCAGAUUGGCACGCCGGAGCAUCUCGCCGCCGGUUUCUUGUACGGUAUCCCGGACACGGCCAACCAGGUGCCGUCCUACUUCUACACCCAAAUGGGCUUCCAGGGCACCCGCGCCGGUGGUAGUCAACUCCCCGCCCCGGCCAGAGGUUGGGUGUACGGCGAGAACGAGUUCCAGAACCGUUUCGACUCCGCUCUGUCCAACUACAAGACCGCCCGGCAAUACGACGGAACGUUCCAGAUCCUCGUCGCCGAUCUCUGGGGCGCCGACGGCACGAACCACAGCAUCCCGAUGCCGGGUGACAAUGGAGACUUUUCCUCCUACGAUGCCUUCCUCACCGCGCUGAUCGACAACAUCAACUCCAACGACAUGCUGCCCGGCCUCAUCUACGACCUGUGGAACGAGCCGGACGGCGGCAACUUCUGGACCGCGUCUGAAGACCAGUUCUUGCAAACGUGGGGCCGCACGCACGCCCGCAUCAAAGGCGCCUUCCCGGACCUUGACAUCAUCGGCCCGUCGUCCGCGAGCCAGCCUUCGUCUUCCAACACCUGGCUCACCAACUUCUACAACUUCGUCAAGCCGAACGGCAGCAUCCCGGACAUCUACAGCUGGCACGAGGAGACGAACGGCGACCAAGUCGACCGCGACGUCGCCGCGCAGCACGCGCUCGAAUCCUCCAUGGGCCUGCCCAACAACCCCAUCAACAUCAACGAGUACGGCACUUUGCAAGAGCAGCAGCCCGCCGCCACCGCAUGGUACAUUUCGCAACUCGAGCGCGUGGGCGUGCGCGGGCUCCGCGGCAACUGGGCUUCCAGCUACUCCCUGCACGACUACUUCGCCGGCCUGCUCGGCAAGCCGGGCGCCAACACCGACGAGGACCUCCAGGAGGGCGAAGCGACGGGCUACUGGCCCAACUCGGAGUGGCUGGUGUACCAGUACUACAACCUCAACAUGACCGGCGAGCGCCUGUCGACCACCGCCUCGGGCGACGGCUCGUGGGACGUGUACGCCACGUACGACAAGUCCAGCGGGCGGGUGAAGAUGCUUUGCGGCGCGCGCCUGACGUCGGGCACUUUCUACAUCACCGUGGAGAACUUGAGCUCGCUUGGCCUCCCGACGUCCGGCACGAUCGAUAUCCUCACGUACCACUUUGACUGGAGCAACAACCAGUUCGAGGAUAACCCGAGCCCGGACAACCAGGGCUACUAUGGCCAUAGCUACUCGGGCAACUCGCUUACUUUCUACAUUGGCGCCACCGAGACGCUGGCGUAUGCUUUUGAGUUUUCGGUGUAG